CAGAUUUACUCCAACGGAUUCCGGGAAUUCCAAAUACAGUGCAUAGAAUCUACCUAAGGUUAAUGUACCCAUCCUUGACGAUGAUGAGAAAUAACGGGACUGAUAAAUGUGCUCUCAGCACGCAUCAUGCGCUCACCCUGGCCUAUCUCAGCCUCUAUGAUGCUGCUACCACUGGUAGCAGCUGACUGGCAAUUCAAAUCGCGCCCUGAUCUGGCGCCGCCCAAACUGAAUAUUACCAUCCCUGCAGCCGCGGAUGUGGAGAAGGGGUACCUCUUCGUUGCUCCUUUUGCUGGUAUCGCAGAUGGCCCCGGAGAGAUGCAUGGCCCUCGCCAGGCAUCUCCUUACAUCUUCCGGGAUGAUGGUGAGCUAGUCUGGUCCGGAUACUCCUACUACUCCAUCUGGGCAACCAACUUUCAGAAAGCCCGAUGGAACGGCAAGGAUGUCCUAUUCUGCUUCGAGGGUGACCAUAAUUCGGCUUAUGGGCAUGGUCACGGCCAUGUCACCUUCCUAGACCAGCACUAUGAGACCAUCCGCGAGUUGCGUGCUGGUAACCAUAAGAUUAUGGACAAGCAUGAGUUCCACAUUAUCAAUGAGGAGACGGCUUUGAUACAAAUCUACCAACCUGUGCCAAUGGACCUCACUCCCUGGGGAGCCAGUGCGGAGCAACAGUGGAUCGUGGAUGCCAUCAUCCAAGAGCUUGAUAUUGCAACCGGUGAUGUUCUGUUUGAGUGGUCCAGCUUGGAUCAUGUCCUUCCCGACGAGGCAAUCCUCCCCAUCAACCCUGGCCAAGCUGGCGCAGGCUACAACUCUUCAGAUGCAUGGGACUACUUCCACAUCAACUCCGUGGACAAAGACUUUGACGGGAACUAUCUCAUCUCCGCCCGUGAUGCCUGCGCCGUACACAAAAUCAACGGCAGCAGCGGCGAGAUCAUCUGGCGUCUGGGAGGUGUCAAGUCCGACUUCGAACUAGGCCCAAACGCCAACUUCUGCUUCCAACACCACGCUCGAUUCGUUUCCAAAGAUGGUGACUCCGAGAUCAUAUCCCUAUAUGACAACUCCGCUCACGGCACCGAGAACGGUCGCGGCCACGAAGUUCACACCCACCCAUUCUCACAAGGCAAGAUCAUCAAAGUCAACACUGCCACCUGGAAAGCAUCCAUCGUCCAAGCCUUCCAACCACCCGAUGGCCUAUUGUCCAAGUCUCAAGGCGGCACCCAAUUGCUACCCAACGGCAACGUCCUUGUGAACUGGGGCUCUGAGGGUGCAUUGACCGAGUUCCGCCCAGACGGCACUCCAAUUCUACACGCCUACAUGGACUCGGGCUUUCUGGGCGAAGGCGUAGAGAAUUACCGUGCCUUCCGGUAUAACUGGACUGGACUUCCUAAUGAGACACCGGCUAUCGUAUCUCUUCAGAACGACCAGGGUACGACCCUUUAUGUCUCGUGGAACGGUGACACUGAGACAAAGGUCUGGCGCUUUUAUAGCGUGGUUGAUGAGUACGGCUCGCGCGAGUUCUUGGGCGAUGCGAAGAGGACUGGUUUUGAGACUGCGCUGUCACUUCCAGGUCGUGUCAUUUGUGCUGUGUCUGCGGAGGCUAUUGAUGCCAGGGGAAGGGUUUUGACAGCUACUGCUGCUGUGAGAACUAAGGCCGAGGUGCGACCUCCGAAGGCAGCCUCGGUCGGGAAGCAUGAGCAUGGAGCAGUGCAGUCUCAAGUUCAAAUGGGAGGUUCUAGCCACUGGGAGGAGUACAUGAUUCUGAAGUUGGAUCGUUUCUCUCGGGGAUGAGGAUAUGCAGUUCACUCCUUGAGGUUCUCCCUCGAAAGUCAAACGUCGUGCGGGUGGUGCCUGUUUGUUCAACCAAUGGCACCUAGUGGUAACUGUUGUUAGUGAUAGUGUUGAAG